UCCAAAUUUCACAGAAGGGUUUAACAGCAUCUGGGAACUGAAUGGGCAGCAGCAGCAGGAGAAGCAACACUGUCAGCAGAACUGGUUUUCUUCUUUUUGUGUUUAGAGAAAUCUAAUUGGUAUCUCACUGAACAGAAGCAGCGAGCUGGGCUAAAACAGAAUCCAGCACUCCAGAAGAGCUAAAUGAUAUUGAGAAACCCAAAGAAGCAAGGAACAGCAGAAGCACUGGUUUCAAAAUGGCCGAUCCCUUCCUAUAUGAUAGUGGAGAAAGAUCUCGAUACAGGUGCCUUGGACAGGAAGUACAAAUUGAGCACAUCAAGGCAUAUAUUUGUAAACCAUCUUUCUUCACAGACAAAGCUGUGAUUGUGAUUCAUGAUAUAUUUGGAUGGCUCUUCCCAGACAUUAGAUACAUAGUUGACUUAGUUGCAGCUCAUGGAUACAUAGCCAUCUGCCCAGACUUCUUCAAGGGGAAAGAGCCUUGGAAAACUACUGAUCAUUGGGCUGACUUUGCUGACUGGAUGAAAGAUCACGAUCCUAUGAAAGUAGACAGGGAAGCUGAUGUUGUCUUGAAGUAUCUAAAGGAACAAUGCGGUGCAAAGAAGAUUGGUAUCGUUGGGUUUUCCUGGGGUGGAAUGGCAGUACAUCACUUGAUGCUGAAAAAUCCUCAAUUAAACGCGGGGGUGUCCCUCUAUGGAAUAAUUAGAGACUCUGAAGAAAGAUACAAUUUACUAAAUCCCACGUUUUUCAUUUUUGGUGAGAAAGACCACACCAUUUCUUAUGAUCAGAUCACCUUACUGGAGGAGAAGUUGAAACAGUACUGUAAAGUUGCAUAUAAAAUUAAGGUUUAUCCUGGACAAGUUCAUGGGUUUGCACAGUUGAAGCCAGAAGAUAUGAAGCCUCAAGAUAAACCUUAUAUUGAAGAAGCUAGACAGGAUAUGAUUGAUUGGAUCAAAAUGUACAUUUGACAAAACUAUAAAGUAACACUAGGUUUCAAGAUCGGUGUUGAAUUAAAAUUUAAUUAAAUUUGUGAGAAGAAAACAGCCAAGGGGAUACUAUCCUGUUUUGAAAAUGUUCACAAACAAGAAUAGGAAUAUUAUAAUUCUUAAUUAUUAUUACAAGAUUUUCACAGGACUGUGAAAACAAAAUUGGACUGGAGGAGCAUUAGCCAUUAAAGUUAUUCAAAUUCA